AUGGAAGCCGCCGGGCCCCGGUACACGCUCUACAGCUACUUCCGCUCCUCGUGCUCGGCUCGCCUGCGCAUCGUCCUCAACCUCAAGGGCAUCCCGUACGACCUCGUCCCCGUCAACCUCCUCAAGGAUGAGCAGCUCUCGGCCUCGCACCGGGCUUUGAACCCCUCGGCCACGGUCCCGCUCUUGGUCUCGGGCGACGACGGGCUGAAGAUCGGCCAGUCGGUCGCCGCCAUCGAGUACCUCGACGAGGUCCAUCCGACGACGCCCAUGCUUCCGCCAAGCAGCGAACCCGAGGCCCGCGCCGUCGUCCGCACGCUGGCCGCCAUCAUCGCCUGCGACACGCAGCCCGUCACCAACCUACGCAUCAUGCGUCGCGUCCGCGCCCUCUCCGGCAACGCCGAGGACUGGAACCGGGACCUCAUGACGGAUGGCCUGCGUGCCUACGAGGCUGUGGCCAAGGAGCACGCGGGCAAGUACUCGUACGGAGAUUGCAUCACCGUGGCGGAUGCGUGCCUGCUGCCUGCCGUAUGGAACGCCGAGCGCUUCGGCGUCGACCUGACGGCCUUUCCCACCAUCGCCAAGGUCGUCGCCAACUUGGACAAGCAUCCGGAAGUCAAGCGAGCGCAUUACUUUCGGCAGCCCGACACGCCGGAGGAGCUGCGGAUCGAAUAG